AUGUUAUUCCUUGUACUCCUAGUCAGUGUUUUUAUUCCUGCUUCUUCAACUGGCAAAUUACAUCCAAUUUUUGCAAGAGCCAAUGUCCAUUUCGAUGCAAGUGAAUCGGUCAUGGGUACUCUCUAUUUUAUUCAAGCACGUGAUGUGAGUCCAGUAAUUAUUCGAGGAACAUUAACCGGUCUGGAACCAAAUCAGACAUAUCACGGUUUUCAUGUGCAUGAGUUUGAAGUGAAUGAGGGUAAACCAAAUUGUACCGCUGCCGGUGGACAUUUCAAUCCGUCUAACCAACGUCACGGUGCACCCACUGCAUCACUUACACAACGUCACGUUGGAGAUUUAGGAAAUAUCUAUGCUGAUCAAUAUGGAAAUGCGACGAUUCUUAUUAGUGAUCCAAUAAUUAAAUUAGCCAAAGGUUCACAAUCGAUUUUAAAUCAUACAAUUGUUAUUCACAAAGAUGUUGAUGAUUUGGGUCUGGGUAGUUAUAGUGAUUCCCUUACAACAGGACACGCUGGUGCACGUCUAGGCUGUGGUUUUAUUCGUUCAACUUCGAUGACGAUUCCAGAUGCAUUUAAAAUUUUCUUAUCUUAA